UAUCAGUUUACUUAUAGUAAGCUAGUGUACAAUUUCACUUCCUGAAGAUAAGAAUCUUAGCACCCACCUUAUAGUCUCUACAAUCAUGAAUGUCUACACAAGGACUGGUGCUGCUAAAGUGAGUGAUGUGAGACAGGUCCUCUCUUCUCAGUUUGGUAUCAGUGGAAGUGAAUUGAAGAGACUCUCAACAAGGCAUCACUCUGAGGGACACUUUAGGAUUUCUGGUCCUCAUGAGAUAUUACACAAAGUGUUAAAGCUUGAGGACAAGUGCCCCAAAGGCUGGAGGCUUGAAAAAGACAGCACACUCGAGGAUUCAUAUCAAUGUGUGCAAGUUGAUAUAACAUACUCUGAUGGUACAGAAAAAGCAUUGACAGAAUUUAUGAAGCAGUUUCAACAAGAAAAUAAACUGUCUUUUAAUUAUGCUAUCACACUUCAUAAAGUUGAUGAGUGUAAGUUCUUUGGUUACAAUCCAAACACUUCACUGAUGCCGAUGUUAAAGGUUAACAUUUCUGGCGACAAAACUGGUUAUGCACAGAAUUGUGACCAGUUUCGUUUAGUCUUACUUCCUUUUUUCUCAGACUGUUGGAUAUUGUGGACAGAUAGUAAUGGAACAUUUGCUUUUCAAGGGACAGGGAAUCAUUGAAGAAUGGUUGAGAUUUUUGCAAAAAAACACUCUCUCCUAAUUUAGUUUUUGUUUAUCACUAACUUUUUACAACUCUUUAGUGCUUUGAUUUCAACAAAUGAUGUUAUUUGAAUGUAAAAA